AUGUCGAGUUCCCAAUCGAAGAAAAGAAAACAGAGGCAACCGAAACAACAACAACAACAACAAACACAACCAGAACCAGAACCAGAAUCAGAACAGUCACAGCAAUCACUGGAAUAUCCCCAAUACAAACUUGUAUCUACAACGACAUCAUUCCGCCGACUUGACUAUAAGGCUAUAGACCUGCGAGUCCUGGAAAACCUUCCUCAAUUUCCGCAACAUUUCAUUUCCAACCUUUCUCAACCUGCAUUAUUCUCAACACUAUUAGCACUAUCAUGCUGCUUCAUGUAUCGUAACGCAUAUAGAUCUUUCAAAUUAUUUUCACCAACUAUUGUUGACACAAUACUGGAUAAGUAUCUAGUUCUGCAUCACCCACAAGCAUCAGCAACCCACUCUUCCAACCACCAUCAUCACCACCACCGACAGCAGCAACAACAGCAGCAGCAGCUUCCACUUUCAUUACAACAACAGUUUUACCAACCUACUGUGUCAGACAUUGCCAAUCCACAUAGAGAAAACUUCAACUAUACGUCACAACUGCAAAAUGACCAACAGAGCCAACAGCAUUCGCAACACCUGCAUAAACUCGCAGAUCUUCGGAGCGACUUAAUUCAAUUAUUUCUUCGAUAUUACGGAGUAGCGUUGCACCACUUGCAGAUACUACUAAACAAAGAAGACUUGGAUAACAUGUUUUGUGCAUUUUACUCUUCACUAUACCUCAACGUUGUUACCAUGUACGAGUCAGACACAAUCGAUCAAUCAUUCACCUUCUCCACUGGGUCCAUACAAAUUGCAAAAGAUAUAAUUGUGCGACACAAACACCUCGGUAGUGAAUUCUACGUCAAUUUCUUAAAUUCAGCAUAUCAGUCAUGGUGGUGCCCCGGGUACGACCCAACAUGUCUAUUGGAGUUUCGCAAAAUUGUUGAAAAUCUACUGGUUUAUGAAAAGCGAGCUGUAAGAUUAAGUGAAGGCCAGGUAAACCAGGAGUAUCAUUUGCUUGUAAAAUUCUUGGCGUUGGUGGAAACCCCUCAAAAUGUUCCUCUGGAUUACUUUAAUGUGCUUCAAGAAUGGCUCUUUAAUGUUCCACCAAAAGUGUAUGACCGCUCAAUGAUUGAUGCUAGAGAUGAAUUUGAAACCACAGUGAUUUACUUAUUUAGAGCCUUACCAAUGAUGCUAAGAAACAUAUACCCACUGACAUUUUUUUUCAAUUCCUUGCUAAUCACACACCCAUCGAAAACCUUGCCCAAACCAUCUGUUAAAGACCCAUAUUUGAAAAAAGUUGUUGACUACUGUAUCAAAAUGUAUACAUUCUUUGCAACAAGGCGGCAGAUCUUAUUCCGACUAAAUAUUAAUAUCGACGAGGUCCUGCUUAUGGCCCGUGCAGUAAAUGAAGUACCAGUGCACGAAUUUAUGAACAUCAAGUUAAAACAUUAUCAUUAUUUGCAUUUCCCCAUGUCACUACCCUUGUACAAAAUGAAUACAAAAAACUUGGUGAUGCAGUUUGAUCCUGAAAAGUUAUACAGCUAUAACAAGCAUCAUGCACGAGUAUUUACAAAUGAUAUAUGGCGAGACCCCGUAUAUCGAAUGCAGUAUCGAAACUUUGUUGCUGAUGACCUAUCAAGUGAAUAUGGCUUCAAAGACACUGUAUACCACGACCAAGCAGAAGAUAUUGAAAAACAAUUGGUACUGGCGUAUUAUGAACUAUACACAGGCAUAGAUGAGUCUGGUACUCCUGCUAAUGCUUCUAAUGCUGCUACAUCUACUGAAGCAGCUACUGAGACAGAUGUUGUUCCUUUCCAUGUCUCCUCCGGGGAGCCCAUAAUCAAAAAUAUCAACAUUAAUCAGGCAUAUAAAACAAUUGUAAAGCUUCAAGAGUUGAGACUGGAGACGUUUGCAAAGCUCGUUGCGGAAAGAAAAGAAACAGACUCUAGUGUACUCUUAUAG